AUGGCUUCCAAAUUUACCUAUAGUUUCUUCCGGAUUUCGAAAGAAACUGGAAUCAGCGAGUCCGCUCAAAAAAUCCGAGAGCUACGCUUAAAGGCAUUGCAGACCUCACCCGGCUCCUUCUCCUCUACAUACGCCAUCGAAGCAGCUUUCACCGAUGCCGACUGGAUAAACCUCAUCAACCUCCCCGAUCGGGAAUUCUUCAUUUGUGCCGCUAAGCCAGUCAAUCAAGACCCAUCAAGCCCCGAUGACCCCCAAUGGAUCGGCCAGGUCACUGUGCGAGGACCUGGGUCCGCCGCUGCUUUUGACUUGCCCGACGAAGCUUGCCAGCCACCCCAGCAGUCGGACGAUGUGGAAGAGCGAUGGCAGUUGCUGAGCUUGUUCAAUCUCCCUGAGCACCGCGGCCAUGGAAUUGGAAGCAAACUGUGCAAAAAGGUCAUCGAGUACCUUCAAUCAUACCGAACAUAUCCCUCAACAGUUAAGAUCAGACUUAUUAUUAAGAGGGGGAAUGAUGCUGCCCUGGAAUUUUAUAAGCGCCUUGGGUUUGAGCAAGCUGGUAGUGCAACUCUUGUUGAAGCCCUCAUUGCAAAUGGAGAUGAGCACCUGAUUCCGAAGGAUGGGCCACCGCAAAUCUACACGGACCGACAAGGGAUGAUUAUGUUAUUGUGUCUACCAAGAAUUCGAGAUGUUCAAUCCAAUUGA